GGCGGGACUCCUCCCCCGCGCGGUGUGCGCAGCUCGCCGGGAAGGGGCUGGGCCGCCGCGGCUCGCCCUGCCGCAUCCAGCCCUUUAAACAUGGCGCAGGCCGCAGCGGCCGGGCGAUGACCGCGGGCGGCCGUGCCGGACAUGGCUCAGGCGCCUAUCUUCCCCCCUUGUUCCUAGGGAAGAACAUGCCCAAGGCCAGGGCGGGCGGCGCGGAGGAGGCGAGCCCCGAGAGCGCCGAGAGGAAGGGCCCCGGCCGCCCCCGGGCCGGCGGGGAGAAUGUGUUUAUUGGUCAAUCCAAAAUCUACAGCUACCUGAAUCCUAACAAAACUCCUGGUGCUCGCCCACCGCUUCAAGAGGAAAACUCUGUCAUGUAUCACGAGGUGAAAUGUCAGGGCAAAACACUAAAUGAAACCUACAGGAAAGGAGACGAAAAAAAGAGUGGUGGCAAUAUAAUUGAAGGUGCUAUGAAACCAGAAGACCAGAAGGAUAAAGAAGGUGGGUGCAAUACUUCGGUGCCCUCCUCUGAUCAAAACCAAGAAACUGUAGAAACUCAAAAGACGCCCCUGCCUUCAGACUGUGCUGAUGAGGCCAAUGCAAAGCCAGCUCAGAAAAAGAUGGUUAAAGCAAAACGUGGACCAAGAAGAAAAACGCAAGGAAGAACACCAAAUCGAAAAGUGACAGAUUAUUACCCAGUUAGAAGAAGUUCCAGGAAGAGCAAAUCUGAAUUGGAGACUGAGGAGAGGAGGAAAAUAGAUGAGCUAAUUACAAGUGGGAAGGAAGAAGGAAUGAAGAUUGAUUACAUCGAUGGCAAAGGGAGAGGAGUAAUCGCUACUAAGCAUUUUAAUCGAGGAGAAUUUGUAGUUGAAUAUCAUGGGGAUCUCAUAGAGAUCACUGAUGCUAAAAAGCGAGAAGCUGUGUAUGCUCAAGAUCCAUCCACAGGCUGCUAUAUGUACUAUUUUCAGUACCUCAGCAAAACGUACUGUGUUGAUGCUACAAAAGAAACUAACCGUCUGGGAAGACUGAUUAAUCACAGCAAAUGUGGCAAUUGUCAAACAAAGCUUCAUGACAUUGAUGGUGUGCCUCAUCUCAUAUUGAUAGCUUCCAGAGACAUUAAAGCAGGUGAAGAACUGUUGUACGACUAUGGAGACAGAAGCAAAGCUUCCAUUGAAGCUCAUCCAUGGCUGAAACACUAAUACUUCAUCUUUGUUUGGGGUUUUGGUUUUGUGGGGGGUUUUUGGGGUUUUGG